AUGGUUUGGAAUAAAGGCUAUCAAGACCACGAUACAUCGGUGAUCAGUGCUGUUACUAUAAAAGUAAAAGGUAUUGGAGUAGUUAAUCGGACAAAUUCUAUUGACAGUGCCGAUUAUGUCAUUCCAUCACAAGAAAACAAUGCAUUGUUCAUAAUGACUAAUUACAUUCGAACAUAUCAAGAACAUAAAAGAUGUGCCGAACCACAGUUUGUCGAACAAGCCAAAUGUCAAAAUGAUUCACAAUGUCAAACAUCUUUAAAAAGAAAUAUUAACGGAUAUUGGACUGGUCGAUGUUUAAAAAAUGUUAGUCGAUGUGAACUUAUAGGAUGGUGUCCAGUGGAAGUGGAUCUUCAUCAACCAGAACCAACCAAGAGUACACGGAACUAUACUAUUUUCAUUAAAAACUUUAUUGAAUUUUCCAAAUUUCGAGUAUCACGACGAAACACGAUUCUAAUUGAUCCUAAACGUUUAAGAACAUGUCUCUAUCAUCACAUCACUGAUCGUCUAUGUCCAAUAUUUCGUAUUGGUGAUUUGUUAAAUAUGGUCGAGUCCGAUAACAAUGAAAAGAGACAAAUGUUAAAAUGGGGUACUGUUAUACGAGUUAAAAUUGAUUGGAUAUGUAAUUUAGAUAAAUCAUUAGAUAAAUGUUUACCUAAAUAUUCAUUUGGCCGACUCGAUACAUAUGAAGAAAGAACAUUUUCACACGGUUUUAAUUUUCGUUAUGCAUCAAAAUGGAUGCAUGGAAAUCGCUCUUACAGAAUGUUAACAAAAGCAUUUGGACUGAGAUUAAUUAUUGUCGUUAGUGGUGAAGCAAGUAAAUUUGAUCUAUUAAG